CGCCCUGUGGAGGAGCUGUGGGAUGCUUCUGAACACACCCUUUACAUUUUGCUGUCGUUUUCACAUCAGCUUAAGCAGCGACGAGGAGCCGGAGAAGAGUAAAGCUUCCACCAAAUAUGUGGCGUAAUAGCGGCUGACCGUCUGCUUCAGGUGUUCUGAUGCGUUAAAGGUAACUGUGAUGGCAGGGUCAAAGAUGUCUGUGCCACUGGCUGCAGUGGUGCUCCUCUAUGUGCUGCUGGCAGAAUCAACCCAUGGCGGGCCUGAGAUGGACCCAUACAAGAUAUUAGGAGUAACCAGGAGUGCAAGCCAGGCCGAGAUCAAGAAGGUCUACAAGCGUCUUGCAAAAGAAUGGCAUCCUGACAAAAACAAAAAUCCAGGUGCUGAAGACAUGUUUAUCAAGAUUACUAAAUCUUAUGAGAUCCUAUCCAGUGAGGACAAACGUGCCAAUUUUGACCGUUAUGGGCAGACUGAUGACACACAGCCAUAUGGAAAUGGUCGCUAUGGCCAUCGCCACGACAGCUUUUACUUCGAUGAGUCCUUCUUCAACUUUCCUUUCAAUAGCAAGAAUCACAGAGACUUUGCUGACAGCAAAUACACACUUCACUUUAACCAGUAUGUCAGUGAUGUGGUGCCAGAAAGCUACAAGAGACCGUACCUGAUAAAGAUUACCUCUGACUGGUGUUUCAGCUGCAUUCAUAUCGAGCCUGUAUGGAAGGAGGUGGUGCAGGAGAUGGAGAGUCUAGGUGUUGGAAUAGGUGUGGUGGAUGUUGGCUAUGAGAGACGGUUAGCUAACCACCUCGGCGCUCACCGCACCCCAUCAAUUCUUGGAGUCAUCAAUGGAAAGGUGACGUUUUUCCAUUAUGCUGUAGCAAAGGAGCACCUAAGACAGUUUGUAGAAGACCUUCUUCCGCAAAGACUUGUGGAACGGGUGACCGACAAGAAUGACUUGCAGUUCUUGAACAGCUGGCACGAGCUCAACAAGCCACAUGUACUUCUGUUUGACCAAGUGCCUGCAGUUCCUCUGCUAUACAAAUUGACAGCUUUUGCUUAUAAGGACUACUUGCAGUUUGGCUAUGUGGACCAGGGCCUUUCAGAGACUGCCAAUCUGCAGAAACAGUUUAAUAUUAACACUUAUGCUCCGACUAUGCUGGUCUUCAAAGAGAACAUUGACAAGCCGGCUGACAUUAUACAGGCUAAAGGAAUGAAGAAGCAAAUUAUUGAUGAGUUCAUGGCAAACAAUAAGUUUCUGCUUGCACCACGGCUGGUCAAUCAGAAGCUCUUUGAUGAGCUGUGCCCUGUCAAACAGUUCCACAGACGUAGAAAGUAUUGUGUCCUGCUGAUCACAGGGGAUGAAGAGACCUUUUCGUUUGGGAACCAGGCAUUUCUUUCAUUUGCUUCUACCAACACCAAGGAAGUUGUGAGGUUUGCCUAUGUAUACCAACGGCUACAGCAACAACUUUGCGAUAUCCUCAUGCAGAACAAGGAUAGUGCACAGUCACCACCACAGGUUGUCAUCCUUGAGCGGCGUAAUGCUGCAGGGAAAGCUUUGUUUAAGCCAGUUACUGCCUGGAACGGCAGUGUGGAAGACAAGCAGCGUCUUGUGGAGGAGCUGGAGCGUCUUCAGAAGGACCCGUCCAUCCUCAUCCAUGAUGCUAUGCUGCCCGAACUCAACAACGAAUUUGCAUCUAUGUUUAUAAUCCGAUGGAUCUAUGCAUCUUAUGAUUACCUCUCUGAAGUCAUUGAUGAUAUUCUGCAUAACAACUGGCGUGAGAUGAUGCCUCUUCUGUCCCUUAUCUUCUCUGCUUUGUUCAUCUUGUUUGGAACUGUGGUCAUUCAGGCUUUUAGUGAUUCAAGUGAAGACAAACAGACUAAACCAAAGGCAAAAGAUGGAACGAAAGCAGAGAAUGGAUCUUCAGGGUCUGUCACUACUUCAAGUCGGCCUCCCAAGAAGAAUUUUGUGGAGGUGACAGAGCUGACAGACAUCACCUACAUGAGCAACCUGGUGAAGCUGAGGCCAGGACACAUGAACAUAGUUCUGGUACUCACUGAUGCCUCCAAGAACAUCCUCCUUAGCAAGUUUGCCAAAGAGGUCUACUCCUUUACAGGGAGCCUGACGUUGCAUUUUUCCUUCCUGAAUAUUGACAAGCACAGUGAGUGGAUGAGCACUCUGCUGGAAUAUGCCCAGGACACCAUGCAGAUUGAUGCUGAUGAGGAUGAUGGGGGAAACCGCAAGAUAGACUAUACCGGCUACGUGCUGGCACUUAAUGGCCACAAAAAGUAUCUGUGUCUGUUUAAGCCUGUCUACACGGGGGAAGACCUUGACAGCAAGUCAUCUGAGGAUGAAGGGGGCGCUUCAGGAGGCAGGUCAAGGUCCAGUUCCCGUGACGACCACCCACCACGCAAAUCCAAUCGAUCCCGCAGCCUAUCCACCCUGCAGAUCCACCACAAACUGGACCGUCUGGGGCUGUGGAUGGAAAGGCUCAUGGAAGGCACUUUGCCUCGCUACUACAUCCCAGCCUGGCCAGGGCUAGAGAAGAUCACCCCUAGCAAAUAGAUUAAGGGGGAAGGACUUAGUAUUUAUCUACUGUCACAUAAAAAUGGCUUCAUUCAUCAAGAACGUUAAGUUAUAGCUACCUUUUUUGUACUUAAGAUAUUUCAUCGGCAAAGAUAUGGUUUAAGUGGGGUCAAUUUUCCAAACUUGGCCUUCAUCCAGCAACUUUGGGACAGAUCCUUUAGCAUACCUCUUACAUUCAUGGCAUGGUGUUUCAGACUGCUGUUAGUCCUUUUUUAUUUUGAGGCAAAUGCUGCUGAAGAGCCUUGUGGAAAAAAAUCACUGCAGCCACCUGUACUCUCCUGCGUUUAUGGGCAUCAGUCAGACAGGAUAACAGCUUUAGUCAGUUUAUGAUCUGUUACAUAUUGGAACCCCAUAAUAUGUGAUCUGAAAAGCAACAAUUGAAGACCGAAUGAAAAGACAUAAGGAGAUUUUGAAUUAGAUAGAUUUGAGAAGAAUAGUGCACAUUUUCACAAUCUCUCUAAGAAGACAUUCACAGUGUUUUCCUCAGUUGUAUAUAUGAAAAGUGCCACAAAUAGUAGAGAAACAAACUAAAUAGAGAGAGCAGAGAGAUGUUUAGUCAGUGCUUGGCCUUUAUACUGCUAGCCAAUUUGGAUGUGAAAUGGUAGUGAAUACUGGAUUGUAGAUCUCAGAAAGUUACAAAAAUGGUUGACAAGGGUUUCAAAAGCAACUCAACAAUCCAACAGGCCGAUUGGACAGAAUAUAAAGCCUUCAUUGAUGAAUACUGUGAAUAGAGAUGCAUGAAACUAACAUUAAAUGUCUUUGCCUUUUUAUGCAUCUCAGCUCAGUUUUUGUUAUAGAUUGUGUCUCCUAAAUUCUGACUCACUUGUGCAAUAUAGCAUACUGUUGUUAUGACAAUGGCUUUUACCCUGGACCUCAAGGCUUAUGAGUUGUGACUGAUAAAUUCUAGGACUGCAUCUAUAUAAAGCAAAAACUGUACCUGAUCUCCAUUUUGCUCUUAUCAAUUUUGAUGUAGUUACCCUUUGCAGCAAUACACUGCUCCCACACAACUCACGAGAAGUCCUGCUCUGUCCUGUUGGAGGAGAAACAAGUCACAAGGAGCCAAAUCUGGCAGGAAGGUCAGAUGGAGAGUGAAGACUGUGUUGUAAUGGCCAAAAAACCUCAAUGUUUUUAUUGCACUGUGAGCAGGCACACUUAGGCACAUGCCACAAUGAAAGUAAUUUGCAAUAAAUAUUCUUCAGACGCUUUAGGACCUUUCUGCUGGGCUCUGUCUGAUGUACCUUCUUUAGUUUUGAGGACAGUGGUCUCUUUCACUGAAGGCUGCUGUUUGGUCUCUGGGUCAUAGUCGUAGACUCAACCUUCAUCACCAGUGAUAAUCCUUGAUGUAAAGUUUGAGGGCUAUGGUGGAAUUUCACAUCCGCACAUACAAGUGGUCAGAACAGGACUUCCAGAGAACAUUUUUAUUGCGACAGGAGUGCUGGUAGUGGUGUAUCACAGUGCAGGAAAACUACUUCAAAGGGAUUUCAGACAAUUUUAAAUAAGGUACAGUGUUUUAUUAACAGGUGCAGUCUCAAAACCUUUGCAUUGCAACUCGUAGUCCACGUUCUUCCUUCUUCAUGUCAUUGCAUCGAAAAAAAUAUUUUGUUUGUUACAUGGAAACUGUUGGGGUUGUGGUUUAAAAUGUACUUCAUAGCAAACAAGAAUUAUUUAGUAGCUUGGGUCUGUUCAACAACAUUAGCCAGUAGCUUUAUGUAGCAAACAUAAUGAACAGGCUGCCCAUUUCACCCUCUGAAUGUUUUCCAAAUGACCGCAACUGACUGAUGUGUCGUCUGAACUUUUGUUAACACCUCAAAGUGGAACUUAGUGUAUGCUUGCUUGAUGAAUUAAUUUAUUUUAUUUAUACGGAGCAUAAAAAAUGCCAUUAAUAUAAUUUUAUUGGUACUAAAUUAUGUAAAUACUGCACAUAAUCUUGUUAUCUCUAGGACCUGUAAUUUGAAGAGUAUGUCAUUAGAAAGAUAUACAUUAUUGAAAAACUAGAUCUAAUUUUUUUUUGGUUUUUAGUUUUCUUCUUUUAAUUGGUGUAAGUAUGAUGCCUGCUACUGUACGAUGUUUGAGUUGUCCUUCAAUAGUGCAGUUAUCUUCUUGUUGGUUGUAAUAAAAUGUUUUUGUUUAUUAUUAAAACAGAACUGGAAUUGUAGAA